AGUGCUUUCGCUGCAAUUUCUCUUGACCCUCCUUCCGGACCCAGCUCACCAAUUCAGUCGAGUUACUCUACUGGCCCUUUCAGCCUGCGUGAAGAAUCGAGUGACAAUGCCACCGACUUAGAUAGUUGGGCUGCAGAGUCAGAUAACUCAGGAUCCGAUGACGAGGAAAUCAAUGAUGUAAUUCAGAUGCUGGACAUCCGGUUGGUUUCGGUUCUAGGAGGAGACCUGGAUCUUGCUGCCCGUCUGAUUCCUAAAAUUCACGAUCUCCUGGAUUCUGAUCUUGAUGCCGGGAUUCCCAAUUUCUCAGAGCCCAUCGAUCAAGACUACACAAGUCAUCAGGGAGGUGGGGGCUCCAAGGGUAAGCAAAGAGCUUCGGGAGGCUCUCCAUCCGCGCCUUCUAAUCAAAAUGCAUCUUCCGGCUCCUCGCCACAAAAGCAUGGGCGUGCCUCUGAGGAUUCGAAUGAACGCAGGGAUGGCAGCAAUUCCAACAAAAGACCCAGACGAGAACCUGAUAGGAAUUCAGAUUUAAACGGAAAUGGCAGUGCCGAUGAGAAUGGGGCCGAUGACCAGAAGGAGGGUGCUAGUGAUAUAAACGAGAGCUGUCCCUCUGCCGACCUUGACAGGGACCCUGGUGAUCCAGGAGACGACCCAGUUCAUGCUGACGUUCCAAGCGAACCCCCUGACUUUGCAUGCCAUUUUCACAAGCGAGAUCACAUUAAUUACGGACCCUGGAACAAGAAAUAUGCAAUGUGCUCUAGUUGUCGUAUGGAAAAGUUACGUCGCAUCAAACGCCACUUCGAAACCGUUCAUAGGCCACCACAAUGCAAUCGUUGCUACCGUUUAUUCCCAAACCACAACGAGCUUCAAGAUCACUACCAAGAACCUGUCGCAUGUCUUAAAGGGUCACUUCAUCUCAAGGAGGGAAUCAAUGAUGGUCAGUGGCAUGAGAUAAAACUUGUGCUCUCUGCUCAAGGUCGGAGGCGCAUCAAUGAUACUUCAAGAUGGUACGCUAUUUGGCAAAUCCUAUUCCCAGGUGUAAAGCCACCUUCGAACCCAUGGAGAGAGCCACCGCCGGUGUAUGUAGCGUGUCAAGCAACCAAUGUUGAAGAAUAUCUCUCGAAGCUCAAGAGUCGAAUUAAUGAUGAUAUCAGCAAGGGGCUCUUGCCAUCAGAACAACGAAUUCACGAACGCUAUGUGCACCAUUUCCGACAACUCUGGGAAGAAGAGAUUACUUCUCGCGGAUCGAUCCAGCUUCAACGCUCUGGCACGAACCAAGAAGAAGGAGCUGAUCCUCCGAACGUUGGUCAGCCUCAAUCCUCAAAUUCCGACCAUAUAUUCUCGAUUGGUGAAGAUGAUCAACAGCAACCUCUUCAAUCCGCAAAGUCCGGAGAGUCUAGAUUCCGAAGCAAUCCUUUCGUUGAAGACUUUUCUGGAGAUUUUCAACGCAUGGAUUCAAAUAAAUCAUCGGGGGCCGCCUCGGAGCCCAGUAUGAAUGCACUGAUCGCCGACUACUUAAAUCCUACAUCAGAACCCCUCACUUCACCAAUGCCAGAAUCAGCUUUUGAUCAUCGCGGUUGGCCGCCAUUAAGCCUUAACGUUGAUUUUGCUGAAGGUUCACUUGACGAAUUUUGGGGAUAUGAGGCCGCAAAUUCCCUGGGACGUCCGGCCUCACCUGGGCCCGAAGUGGACCAGAUUGCGACCUUGGAAAUCCUUUCUCCAUCUGAACAGCUUACCUUCGAUCACAAUAUGGGUGGUGAACUAUUGUUAAAUGGUUUACAGACAGAGAACGAGAGGCCAGAAGCAAUGGCAUCAUGGAGGGACAAGGAUUCUGGAAACGAGUUUCUCAGGACAAGUCCAGAAGCACCAUCAUAAUUGUAAUCUUAGUUGCCAACUCCUGAGAGCAAUUAGAAUGAGACCUGCAGGGAAGGCAGUGUAUUACCUGGAUCGACUGGUUGGGGGUCGCUUCCUUUCCCGGCCGAACCCAUUUCAUCAUUUCCUUGAUCGAAAAUACUAGGUGGGACUGAAUAAAUCAUGUUUGAGUCAAAAAUAGGACAAAGCUCCUGAUAGGCAAAUUAUUCCGGUUAUGAAAUUGGAUUGUAUUCGGGUAUUGGAGUUUUUUCAUGAAGGAGAGAGCACGG